GGUAAGGAACAUUCGUUGUUGUGAUUGUAAUAAUAUAAUGUUAAUUCAAUGUAAAGAUCGAUCUGUUCAAUACCAAUGCUACGAGUAAACACGAUCCAUACCGCAAAAGGAAUAGAGCGAAAGCCACACGUCGUCUCGUUCUGCUUUUAUGGCUUUAAUUUUUGAGUUCGAACGCUGCGCAACGGUCGCAUUCACAGUUUAACGGAAGACCGCAAGGAGACGCGAGUGUCGCGCGGGGUGCAAGAGCCAGUGACAUACUGUGUAACAUCAAAAACCUGUGUAACACAGGUCCGCGAUGUUGUUUGCGUUGAACGGAUAAAAAUUCAAACUACGACGGUUCUGUAGUAAAUGUACAACACCGUUCGACGUUCGCGCGUGUCUUGUGCAUAAUAUUCGAAUCGUUACGAAACAGUACGAAAAUUAGUGCCGUUACUGGCUGAAGAGCAACGGAAUACGCAUAUUGGCCUGCCCGAACAACAAUAUCGAAUCCAUUACCGAAAGAUUGAUGCGCGUAACGCGUCGAAGGACAUAGCCGUCGACCCCGACGAACAUGUUUGGAGAGGAAAACGCGUACGACAAACGUCGAAUCGCGAUGUACUGCGCAACGACAUAGGUGUGGCACGUGAACGAGAGAGUGUACACGGCACGUAACCGUAGUAUGCACAGGCAGGGAAAUGCUCCCUUGGAAUGAAGGCAGUAAAAAAUUGGAUUAACUUUCCCCGAUCACGUUCAAGCGUAAAGAAAACGAACGGGAUUAUUCUUAACGCGAUGUAAAGUGUAAAACGACCGGUGCGAAAUCAAUCGUAAUACAGUGUAAAUGAUGUUAAUCGUUUUCUAAAAAUCAAAAUAUAUAAAUUGUCGCGUAGAGACUUGCGAAGUAAAUAUCGGUGGAGUUUUGAACACCGUAUAGGCGCGUGUGUGCGUGCUGGUGCCUGUGCGUGUGCCUGCGCCUAUGCGUCUCCGUUCGCCAAGCCGUGGUGAUCUUCGCAGUGGUGGAGGCGGCGGAGGGGACAGCGAAGGCGGUGGUGGCGGCAGCAAUAGUACCAGCAGCGGUGGCGACGGCGGAGGAGACGGUGGAGGUGGUGGUGGUGGCGGCGGCGGCGGCGGUCGCUACGGCGUUUGGAAGGAGAGAUUUCGUACAUCGUGACUGAGUGAGUGAAGUGGAGUUGGCGCGUGUGCGUGCUGACACGCGUAUACGCUCUCUCAUUCUGAAGAACGUGCGCGCGUGUUUUGUGGAUGUGUGGUAUGUGUAUUUUCGCGCGCGCGCAUUAACGGAAUUCACGAUCAGACACGCAGGGACUCAACAAAUGUUUAAAUGGACGCAUCGUCCAUUAUCACCCAAGUGUCGCGGGAUGACGAGCUAGGACAGUUUAAUAAUGAGAAAGCCCAGUUACCACGAGAGAAUGAAGUGGCCAGCAACGGUCCAGCCAGUGGCAAGAAGCCAAGAGGGCGUGGACUUCUGCGAUCUCUACUUUGUUGUCUCGGUAGAGGACGUGGAAGUAGUUCGAAGAGUUCAAAAACAAAUUCUGUACAAUGGGAUGAAAACGGUUCUCUGCCACCAGGGACUGGAUCCCCUCGGUUCCUUCUCCCGCCUGUCAGACAUCAGGAUAUGCACAAAAAGUGCAUGGUGAUUGAUUUGGACGAGACGCUGGUGCAUAGUUCUUUCAAACCAAUCAACAACGCCGAUUUUGUUGUUCCUGUAGAAAUUGAUGGGACGGUACAUCAGGUGUAUGUUUUAAAGAGGCCUUAUGUGGAUGAAUUCUUGCAGAGAAUGGGUGAACUGUACGAGUGCGUAUUGUUCACAGCAAGUUUGGCUAAGUAUGCUGAUCCAGUAGCAGAUCUGCUUGACAGAUGGGGAGUGUUCAGAGCAAGACUGUUUAGAGAUUCUUGUGUUUUUCACAGAGGAAAUUAUGUUAAAGAUUUAAAUAAACUAGGACGGGAUUUACAACAAAUUAUUAUUGUUGAUAACAGCCCUGUCAGUUACUUUUUCCACCCAGAUAAUGCAGUACCAGUGGCGUCAUGGUUCGACGAUAUGACAGAUUCAGAACUACUAGACUUAAUUCCAUUUUUCGAAAAACUCAGUAACGUGGAAAAUAUUUAUCCAGUCUUGUGCAAUAUCAAUCACCCUUAUAAUCAAGUGCAGACUAUUGUACAGAAUAGUCCAAGCCCAGGUUCAGGUUCGCUUGGUGCUUCCUAGCCCUACCUAAAUUCUGGCCAAACAGCCAGUAUUGUCAUCGCUCAAUGCACUCUGAGGAGGAUUUUGACUGGAAUACUCCACAUUACUUUAUUGUUAUGUGGCAGUGGGCAACCAGGUAUGGAUCACUGAAUGCAAGUGUAGAACAUAAACAUACCUGUUAAAAAGGAUCAUCUAAAAAAGGAGAUGAAAAUCCUGAAUCCUCCCGCGUACCGUUUAUUUUUAUGCAACAUGAAUCACAGCUGCUUCGUUGUUGGCUUGAGUUUUUCCCCCGAUAAACAACAAUAUACUGUGCUGCAAGCUGUUCAUAGUAUGACAGAUGCAAUGUAUCGAAUAUAUUGACCUAAUCGUUAACACACAGGUAUUCGAAAAAAUUUACAAAUAGCUCAAUUGGUAUUAACAAAUAACUCUUCCAACUGUACCGAAGUGGAAUAGACUCUGAACAUAAUUUAUUGGUUACAUAAUGAAUUAAUGUGCGUGUUUCCGUAUUUGGUGUACUCGAGGAAAAGAGCAGAUGACAAGGGUAACAGUGAACGCGAAACGUGACGUGCAUUUUAUACUAGGUAAAUAUAUAAAUUUAUGCUUAUUUGACUUAAUUCGUACAGAGUACCUUAAGAAUUAAUCGCAUAAAAGAAAAAAUUUUUCGUACGAAAAAUCAGAGUAUAGCGUUAAGCGAUAUAAAGAGUAGGAAAUACUGAAUUAUUAAGUCGUUUGUUGGACUGUUCUAUUUCCCCCUUUUUAUAUUCCGAUUAUUUAUUAUGAAUUUUGCGUUGCGUUUACUGACACUGUAUAUACGAUUUCUGUGGAUCCUUAUAGUAUUGCUAUAAAUAUCAAGUAACAUAAUUAAUUUUUAUAGAAAUUUUAUGAGGCUGAUAAUUCCAAAUAGUAUCAGAAAUUAGCACAUUUGUGAAAACCUUUUUACCGAUUAUAAUUUAUUAGAAUUUAUCAAAAAAAAAAACUAUGUUUGAUUUUUGUGAAUCAGACAUUCUUCCUACGAACAAACAAGAAAUAUCGAGAUCUAACAAUCUAAAAGUAGCAAUGCAAAUACAAGCAAGAUUAUAAUAUUAUUUUAUCCAAGUCUUUUUAUUCUUUUUAUACUGGGAUGAUAUUAUCGGUAACUAAGACUUGAAAUAUUAAAUCUUAUAACAUCAAAAUUAUAUGCCAAUGAAUAGCUUGAACGAAUAAUGCUAAUAUGAUUGGUAUUUUAACUACAUUCUGAAGAGGAUGGAGAAGAUAAUACAGUCGAAACUGUACGUGUUUAAAUAUUGAGUCAGUCGGUGCAUAUCGUUCUCUCCCUCCAGGCAAUUGUAUGGAUAAUAAAGCAUUAUGUUAAUUCAGUAAUGAUUAGCGUAUCAGUAACAAAGUAGACUUAUUUAAAUAUAAUCUUUCAAGCUUAAGUAAGCGGGGAUGUAUCUUUAUGCAUACGCAAACGUUUACUAACGAAUGAUUAUUAAUUUUGUACUUUUAAUUAUUGCAUAACAAAUGUACAGAUUGCAUUAUACUUCCAUAUUCAAUCAAACUGUCAUUAUUCACGCUUUUUAUUUUAUUACUACCGUUGCUAACAUAGUUAUCGUCGUCAUUAUUAAUUAUAAUAUUGUAAAUCGAAUUUAAUUACAUGAUUGUUAUUAUCAUUUUAGUUUCAAAUAGUAUGAUUUAUGAGUAUUAUAAACGCAAAUCGAUUUGCAAAAAAAAAAAAAAAGUAUAAUGUUGCACAGAUGGGACAGUUAAACAGACGAAGUUUCAUAAUGUCUACAAAGGAUUUCUCCGUUCGUGUAAGUCACUUGCACCUAUUAUCGUAUAUUCAAUUAUAAUAUUAACGUCUUUUCUUAGUGUCUUUUACAUAAUGUGACGAAAUCAGUAAAUUAGAUUAUAGUAUCUACCGAAAUUUCAGUAUUCACUUUUCAUCCUCGAAUAUUAAAAACACAAUUGAUAAGAUAUACGUAUACUAGCGGGAACAGAACAAUUUUCAAGUACUUUAUAAUUUGUUUGAUAAUAUUAUAUUUAAAGCAAAGGCGACACGUAUGAUAAUUCACAAAUAUUGUAACAGAUUUAACGUUACAAUAUUUAACCGACCGCUUGAACAAAGGCUCCUCAACGUUAUACAAUUAUAACAAUAACACGUAAUUUUGUUUGUUUAUCUUAGAUUAUUAUCGAGUACGGAUCUUUAUUCUGCUAUUUAUCUAUGUUAUUUUUGCUAUUUCUCAUGGAACAAAAAUAGUCUCGCAGGUGUGUUAUAAGUUUUCAUUUUACGAAAAGGAAGGGCUAGAAUAUAAAGAGAUAAGAUGAUUAUAUAACAAUAAGUCUUACGCAUAUUGCAUAAUAUUAAAUGGCUUCCAACUUCAUGUUCCAUCAAGAGUUUUUCGUUGGAUAUUACACGACUGUAAUAUUUGUCUGUUAAGUGGGUAAAUAUCGAGACGUCUACGUUUAGGAAAACCGACACAGCCAGUGAUAUAUUGAAUUGAAAAUACGAAUUGAACUCUUUCACGUGAUAAUACAGUUGAGAACGACUAUAUUAAUAUAGUCGAAUUAAUCUUUUAGCGAUAAUUUUUUUUUUUUUUUUUUUACAUUUUAAAUAGUUUUAAUGUACGCGAUUUAACAAAAUAAAAGAGACGCUAAUCGAUCGUAAAAAUGUAUAUAAAUGUUGACGAGUUUAUAUCUAGAAUUUAACAAUUUAUAAUUUAGAAUUGCAUUUCCCGUAUUAAUGUUUAUUAUUACUAUAGAAUAUAUCUGAUUUAACCGGUUUCAAUUGUGGCAAUAUAAUAACAAUAGUUAUAACUCUACAUCAUUAUAUCGAACAAUUAUUAAUUUUUGUCGACAUUUUUUAUUUAUAAUAAUUUCUCUCGCAAAGUUCACGAUACUCGUCUCCUGUAAAAGUAUAGUAAUUUUCAUUGUAAUAACCGUCGAAACAAUUCUAUCGUAGGCUGGGUGCACCUUUUCCGGAAAUACGUACAGUAAUAAUGAUACGAGAGAAAAAUGUUAUAUUUAAUAAUUAAUCUCGUCGGGUUACUAUUCGCGAUAUCGUUUAGAAAAUUCCGUCUGCCGUCAGGAGCGGCAGAGUCAUAAAUUUAAGACAAAACACGCGAACGAUUAUGAUGCAACAUAUGUAUACAGUCAUGUGGCGAAAUCCUGAGAGCAUUUUUUUUUUUUUUCUCUCUAUGCAUUAUUUUUUUAUCGCGGAAACGUUUAUCGCUGAUAGUGUGCACGAUAACAACUCGAAUAUGGAAAAUAUCGCUGAUACCUGUUUUUCGGUUAGGAAGAUCUGUAACAAGGGAAACGUGUAACGCAACGUUAAUUGUUGCAUCCUAUGUAAUUUUGUUACGCAUACAACAUUAUACACAGAC